UCUUGUAGGCGACGAGAGGCGGUUGAAUAACUGAUGGCAUCGUUCUGCUGCCUAUCUACAGCAUCGACAUCGAAAACCCUAGCAAUUGCCCCUUCAUUAAGACCCUCCACGUCGUUCUCGUCAGCGUCAAUGAGCCAAAGUUGCAGUUGCUCUCGAGUCUUGAUGCCGAUGUUCGGUUCUAAUCGCCUUAAUUUGAAUAAUCAGAGGGCGCGGAGGCAGGUGGUACGUAUGGCACCUGAAGAGGAGAAAUUGACUCGUCGCAACCCUCUCGAUUUCCCUAUCGAGUGGGAGAGGCCCAAACCUGGUCGUAGACCUGAUGUAUUUCCCCAGUUUAGCCCUAUGAAAACACCGUUACCACCUCCAUUGCCAUGUGAUCCUCCAGAAGAAGAUGAAGAAGAGGAAGAAAAGAAAGAGGAAGAGGAGGAAGAUCCUGAGAAGGAAGAAACAGAGAAGCCUGAUAAUCAAUAGGAGUAUUCUUAUUAUGACAGAGCCGGGUAUUGUAUCCCAUAAGCUCGAGGUGUCACUUCUUCCUUUAUGUGCUUUGUGUAGAAAGUGGAUGAUAAUCAUCCCUGUAAAAUGUUGUUGAAGGUGAGGGUCCUCAUUUUGUGCUGAAAGGAUAUGUCAAACCUCUUCUUGGUACUUAUUGCAGGCUUAUAUGUAGGCUUUAAUUUCCAUUUUGGUAGAAUUUUCAGUAGCAUAAUUUGAUGAGUGAUUUUAAAAUAAAAUUUAGGCUGAUAUUUUUCCUCUC